GCCGGCGGGCGGCGAGGAUCGGCUCGGCUCCGCUCGGCUCGGUCGGCGCCGACGGCGGCAAUCUGCCGUGCCGCGCAGCCAUGCCCGCCCUCCUCCUCCUGCUGCUGCUCCUCAGCUGCCGCGCCGCCGCCGAGGACGACGGCUCCCUGCUCCGGCCGGGCCCGGGCAGGCAGAGCGCGGCCGCCGCGCCCCCGACGGCCGCGACCCCCGCGCUGCGCGGCGCCGAGCACAACGCGUCCCGCCCGGCCGCGCUGCCCCAGGGCGCGGCGCCGGCCGGAGGGCGGCCGCGCUCCGCCUCGCCCCCCAUGUGCACGGGGCAGACGGAGAUCAAAGAGACUUUCAAGUACAUCAACACGGUCGUGUCCUGCCUGGUCUUCGUCCUGGGCAUCAUCGGCAAUUCCACGCUGCUGCGGAUCAUCUACAAGAACAAGUGCAUGAGGAACGGCCCCAACAUUCUCAUCGCCAGCUUGGCCCUGGGCGACCUGCUCCAUAUCAUUAUCGACAUCCCCAUCAAUGUCUACAAGCUACUUGCAGAGGACUGGCCCUUCGGUGUUGAAAUGUGCAAAUUAGUGCCCUUCAUUCAAAAGGCCUCGGUGGGCAUCACAGUGCUGAGUUUGUGUGCUCUCAGUAUAGACAGGUACCGAGCAGUCGCUUCUUGGAGUCGCAUUAAAGGAAUUGGAGUGCCAAAGUGGACUGCUGUAGAAAUUGUCCUCAUCUGGGUGAUAUCAGUGAUACUGGCUGUUCCAGAAGCUAUUGCAUUUGACAUGAUUACAAUGGAAUACAGAGGAAGGUAUCUUAGAAUCUGCUUGCUUCACCCCACACAGAAAACAUCCUUUAUGAUGUUUUAUAAGCAAGCUAAAGACUGGUGGCUGUUCAGCUUUUACUUCUGUUUGCCGCUGGCUAUCACAGCAUUUUUCUAUACUCUCAUGACUUGUGAGAUGUUACGAAAGAAAAGCGGGAUGCAGAUUGCUUUAAAUGACCACUUAAAACAGAGACGUGAGGUGGCCAAAACUGUGUUCUGUCUGGUACUUGUUUUUGCCUUGUGUUGGCUCCCACUUCACUUAAGCAGAAUCUUGAAACUCACUAUUUAUGAUCAGAAGGAUCCUAACAGAUGUGAACUUCUAAGCUUUUUUCUUGUGAUGGACUAUAUCGGUAUUAACAUGGCUUCACUGAACUCCUGCAUCAAUCCAAUAGCUCUGUAUUUGGUGAGCAAAAGAUUCCAAAACUGCUUUAAGUCAUGCUUGUGUUGCUGGUGCCAAUCCAAAGAUCUGUUGUCCCUGGAGGAAAGGCAGUCCUGUUUAAAGUUCAAAGCUAAUGAUCAUGGAUAUGAUAAUUUCCGCUCCAGUAACAAGUACAGCUCUUCAUAAAACAAGCAUAAAAGGUAUAUUCUCUUACAUUAAUGCUGGUAUCUUUUUAAGUAAAAGUGGCAAUUACUUUUAACAAGAUGGCAACAUCCAGAAAAACCUAGUUUUGUAUUUGCACAAAAAAAAAAAGAACUCUGUCACAUUGAAAAUCAUGAACAUUUAUGAAAUCAUCAUUUAUGGAACAUGAAGAGAAGCAUAGAAAGAACAAGUCAUUGUUAGCACUUGAAUACUUCUGAAUCAGCACUUCCAAAUGAUCCCCACUUCCUGUACAUUACAUUUGUAUUCUCUGUAACACUUGUAGGAACUGAAGUCACAGUAAUUAUUAAGCAGCAUAAUAUCAAGUUAAUUGGAUCAAUGCCAUUAUUAUAUAUAACUCAAUGUAUUGUCUUUUAUAAAGCAAAUUAACCACCAUCACUAUUGUGAGUUUUUAAAAAUAAAAUAUGAAAUACUUUGUAAUAGAAGUCUAAAUGUUAAAAAGUAUUUUUAUCAGGUAUAUUAUAGAAGUAGCUACUGAAAAUAUUAAAGGAUGCAGUAAAGUCAAAAGUGCAUUUAACUUUGAUGAUUGUUUUUACCUAUUGUUGUCAGAAGGAACCUCGCAAGGGCUCUAUAAAUUUCUUUCUGUAGCCACUGUGUGUCUUAGUGCAUUUGCCAGCACUUUGGGUAUGAGUAUUUGUGUCUACUGAUAGCAAAGGAGAGAAAAACACACCAGAAGCAAAAAAUUACCACUAUCAGAAACAUAUGGACAAUGGCUAUUAUUUCAGCUAUUUUUUAUUGAAAACAAAUGGAUGGUCUGCAUAAAAAGUGGGCAUUCCAGAGCCUGAUGGUUCUUUACUGGAGAUGCUUUUGUGACAAUUUAAAACUGUUUUACCAUCCAAAUACUGUCUUGGGGCAAAAGUUUUUAGAAAUAAUGGGUGAAAAAAAUGUGACCAAGAUUAAAAGAGAUAAUUUGGACUUCUCUCUUCAUUUAGAUUUAAAUCUUCAUAAAGAAAAUAAUUAAUGAACUGUACUUCUAGAGAAGAGUACUAUGUAGCAUACUUAUUUUCAUACUGUUUUAAAAUAUAUUCUACUUCUGUUGUUCCAUAUUUAUGGGCAUAAGAAGAUGUGUGAUUAGUUUCUGCUUCUGUAAAUAGUAGUAAAAUGUAAUUAAUUGUAAAAUAUUAAGAUAUGGGCAGGACCCUGCAAGAACGGAAAAAGAUAAAGGUGCCUGUAGUAAACAUGAUGUGUGUUGCCAGGAGCAAUGCAUGUUUUGUAUGUACAUGACAGGUCAUUCUUUGACUUUGCAUUUCCUAUUAAUUUGUUACAGAUGUCCCCAAAGACUUAUUAACAUAUUUCGUGCACUAAGGCAUGAGUUUAUCAAGAAAAAUUGUCAUAUAACAUGCUUUUAUAAAAGCCAUGUUUUCAAUAGGCUUAGUAUUUUAUUAUAAUAAAAUUAUUUAUCAAAACUCAGGAAUUUUUUUAUUUUAAAUUUCCAGAUCUCACAUGUCAGGAUUUUUAUAAUUUUUCCAGUCUUGAUUAACUUCAUAUCUUUUACUAAAGUGCCUUAAAGGUGUCCAGGAUGAAAACAGCUUCCAUUAAAAUGUUCAGCUGAUGUUACCUUAGAUGGGUUUCUGACUUAGGUAACUACAGCUAAAACCAUGUGGUGAGCCCCAUUCCUGGUGUUGGCCCUAGCAAAAGCUGGUAAGUGAAUGCUUUUAUAAUCAAACUGAGGAGGGUCCCUGCACAUGCAUUUGGGCAUGGGCAUGUGUGUGUUUGUGUGUGAGUGAGUGCAAGCAUGUGUGGUGUGUACCAUAAGGUUGCUGUUACCAUCUUGCUGCAGCACAUCCACUCAGCUGCUAUAAUGCUGAACUUUUAUACAUUUAGGUUUCCUUCUUUACAUUUUUACCUUAAUUUUCAUGGUAACUUUGUCACAGUAAGCCAUGAAUAUAAUUUCACAUCACCCUACCUGCAUCUAUUUCUGUGAAAUGCAUUUCAUCUGUUAAGGAUGGAUAAUAAGUGAAAUCUUAGAUUUGAUACUGAUCAGUGUUAUUUUCAUCAAGUUAUAUCAUUACAAUUUUGUACAUGUAUAUUGUUGUUGUUUUUAUUUAAAAUACAGCUGUUGUAAUGGCAAAUGUGUAACAUAAUUUCCCCUUUUUUUCCUGGACUAAUUCUUUGUUAAGUCCUGCUAAGUAAGAUACUUAGGUGUUGCAAAUAAAGACCAUAUAUACUGCCCCCUUUUUGGGUUCAAAUAAAAAUAUUAGUGACA